AUGAAACACAAUGAAGCAGUACAGGAAUUUAUUUCAAGGAUAUUGGCAAUCAUUGAUAAGAUGUGGGCCUUUGGAGACGCAAUUAUUGAUCAGAUGAUUGUUGCCAAGGUGUUAAGAAGUCUAACACCACGUUUUGAUCAUGUAGUUGCAGCUACUAAGGAAUCCAAGGAUCUCACUCAAUUUUCCAUAGGUGAGCUUAGUGGAUCACUUCAAGCUCAUGAAGUGAGAAUGAAUAAAUCUGCAGAAAAAUCAGAGGAGAAGGCUUUUCAGGUAAAGACUGAUACAAUUACCAAGAGAUUCAGGCUUAUUCAGGCUAAUUAUUGGCAUAAAAAUAAAGCAAUGAAUGUGGUUGAAAGCACAAAAGGCAAUGAAGAUUCAAAUAUUUUUAUGGCACAUUGUGAAGAAGUUGGGAGUGAAGAUAGAGCAUGGUUAAUAAACAGUGGAUGCUCUAAUCAUAUGACAGGAAGAAGAGAACUUUUCAGAGAUUUAGAUGAAACAAAAAGUGGAUAUUCUGCUCUAUUCUCAAAUCAAGCUUGUUACAUCAAAGAUGCAAAAACUGGGCAAUUAGUGAUUAAAGUUCAAAUGACAACAAACAAAAUGUUUCCACUUGACAUUGCACAAAUGGAAAACUAUGGACUGGUGUCAAAGGAACUGAAUACUUCUAUACUAUGGCACUUGAGUUAUGGUCACUUGAGUGAAAAAGGUCUGAAAUUACUUCAUAAAAAGGAAAUAGUAUUUGGACUUCCUCAAAUGGAUCAAUUGGAAGUAUGUGAAGCUUGUAUUUAUAGAAAACAGAACCGAAGAGCAUUUCCAGGUAGUGCAAAUUGGCGGGAUUCAUCUCAGCUUGAACUCAUCCAUGCAGAUGUAUGCGGCCCCAUGCAAAUGGCUUCUCUUGAAGAGAACAUUAAUCAAGGGAUUGGUUUAGAAGAAGGAUCAACAUCAAGAGAUCAUUCACAUAAUUCAUCCAAUACAACAAAUGGUGAAACAUCAGAAGAAGUUACUCCAGUAUCAAAGCCUAUAUAUCAACUUGAUAUAAAGAGUGCUUUUCUAAAUGGAGAGCUUCAAGAGGAUGUAUUCGUUAAUCAACCAAAAGGAUCAAUCGAGUUUAGGCUGUGGUAUAGUAAAAGUUCAAACUUUAAAUUAGUUGCCUUUACUGACAGUGAUUGGGCAGGUUCUUUGGAUGAUCGAAGAAGCACUUCAAGAAUUGUAUUUAUGUUAGGUUCAAGUGCUGUUACAUGGAGUUCUCGGAAGCACAGCAUAACAGCAUUAUCAUCGAUAGAGGCUAAGUAUGUUGAUGCUACAUCAUCAGUUUGUCAGGCAAUAUGGCUGAAAAGUCCGGUCGAAGGUUUCAGCUUCAAAUUCAGAACAGUCUCAGAUGGAUGUGGAUUAGGAGCCCUAAAAGAUAGAUCCAGAAAGGAGGUGUGGCAUGGCCAUACUUUGGAUGGAGGAGAUGAAGAGGAUGAGGAGGAAGAUUCACUAUUUGCUGGACUGGGGGAGUUGCCAGAGGGCUCGACGGUGUUUAGGAGGAGGAUCAUGGCGGCGGCGGUGGAGACGAAAUCAUAG